CAAAAUUGGAUAAAAAGAUCAAAAAUUGCAUCUGGUAACCCUGACCUUUCCAAGUUUCAUUUUAAUAUGCAUACAUCUUUUUACGAUUGUUUAUACUAAAAUAUUAGAUAUUUUUUCUUAUGCAUAUAUUCUGUUUAAUCUGUGUUAUGAAUGGGAGUCGCUGAAUAAACAAAAAAACGGAUUUAUUUUAAUUCUUUCCAUUGUGUAAAGAAAAAACACAUGCUUCACCAGUUUGUUUCCAAAUAGUCUUGCAGCAGUCAUGGCCAUGACUACUGGCACUUUAAAUCAGUACAUUCAGUUCGUGGAGAGGAUAUACAGGACCGGUCAAGGCACAGUUUUGUCGAGGCUAUUGUCUUUGAGGGACGAACAUGUUGCGAAUAGAAACUUACGAUCGAGCGACAUCGCUACACUCGUGGAAGGGAACUGUGUGGCUCCUUUGGAUGAAAUAAUCAUCACUCAUUUAUUAUGUGUGAAGGCAUUGUACAUGCAGGAUUAUAUGGAGGCUUAUAAUCAUCAGAGUGCCUGUGUCGCAUCAGUUGUACGGCUUCUUCAGUCACAAAAAGAAGAAAAUUGGAGUCUCCCACUUAUGUAUACUGUAUGUUUAGAUCUGAGGCUUGUUGCACAGAAGGUGGAAGCAUGUAAUCCACAGAGCAAUGGAAAAAUCAUGGAGAAAGCAGCUGAAAGUUUACUUGCAUGCUUCAGAGUGUGUGCUGCAGAUAAUCGAUCAUCUGACUAUGAAACAAAAAGGCUUGGAAUGUUGAACCUUGUUAACCAACUGCUAAAAGUUUAUUUUCGUAUAAACAAAUUACAUUUAUGUAAACCAUUGAUUCGUGCAAUAGACUCUUCACCAUUUAAAGAACAGUUCCCUUUAGCUCAACAAAUAACAUAUAGAUAUUUUGUCGGUCGCAAAGCCAUGUUCGAUUCGGACUACCGCGCUGCAGAUGAAUACCUAUCUUUUGCGUUUCAAAAUUGUCAUCGAAAGAGUAAUAAGAAUAAAAGACUGAUACUAACAUAUCUAGUCCCUGUGAAAAUGCUUCUUGGUUUCAUGCCUGCAAAGCAUUUACUCCAGAAAUAUGAUCUGCUUCAGUUCUGGGACCUAGUUUCUGCCGUCAAGAAUGGAGACUUGAGAGGUAUUGACAGAGUGAUGGAGGAACAUGAAAGCUUCUUUAUUCAAGCAGGGAUCUAUUUGAUGGUGGAGAAAUUAAAAAUUACAGCUUACAGGAACUUGUUUAGAAAAGUGUAUUUAGCUGAAAACACACAUCAGAUAGAUAUUGCGAGUUUUCAAGCGGCACUUCAGUUGAUGGGACAGGAUGAUGUGGACUCCGAUGAGACGCAGUGCAUUGUCGCCAAUUUAAUUUAUGAUGGCAAAAUAAAAGGUUAUAUCUCAUACCAACACAAGAAGGUAGUUGUUAGCAAACAAAAUGCAUUUCCACCUCUUUCAAGUUUAUAUUAAUUACUUGAUACUUCUAAUUAUAAGAAUUAAUUAUUGUAUUUAAUUAAGAAUAAAUUCUUUUACAAUUCA